UUGGUGAACGUUUUCCGUGUAAGAUGUAGUGCGAAGCGUUUAACGGCAAUUUUAGUUAGAGCUGAUGCUUUUUUUUCGUUCAUUUUCAAAUUCAUUUUUGUUCGGUUCAUUGUUUUUGUGUGGAGUUAAGUUUUAUGGUACUUGAAAUAUUUUUUUUGUGAAUAUUUUAAACAGAAGAUGUGGCUGUGAUAUGCGAAAAUUUCAAUUAAUCACGCAUUGAUUGAAAUUGUUUCAUUCACUCUGGAAGUAUCAAUCUCGGGCAGUUUUUUUCCACACCAAUCAAUUUGUGUCGUUUGAAUUUCCAACAAAAGUACGCGAGUUUAGUUUCGAUGCCGAAAAAAAUGUUCAAAACAAAACAUGCAUUUCCUCUAGAAAGUGAUCUCUAUCUCGACUGUCAGUUCAAAGAAUGAAAACUUGAAAUUAAAACUAAAGGAUUUAACUCACGAAAAAAAAUGUAUCUCUGGCUCAUGCCCGGAAUUCCAAAACUAUUGAACGAAGUUAACAUUUGUUCCGAUGGAAAAUGCCAAAUUAAACAAUUAUACGCAAUCAGGCAAUUUAUCACUUUUGAUAGAAAUAUUCCAUGUUAAUUUGGUUUCUCGAGUGACGGUAGCCCAAUUAUACGUAAUUGCUGCUUGUACGGAAUCUAGAUUAAAGCGAUUAUGCAGAUUGAUCGCUUGAGAUGGAGAUAAAAUUGCAUUUUCCCUUGUCGUUGGCAAACGUGUGGGUGACUCAAAACGCAAUUCAUAACUCAUAUAUAUGUGUAUGUGAACAUUGACAGGCGACAGAAUCAUUUUUUUUCUACUUUGUAUUCAUGUUUAUAAAUGAAACGAAGAUUUCGGGUUCGAAAAAGCAAUUUACAAUGAUUUAAAAGAUCACUCUCGUCAAUAUAUAUCAAUUCAAAGUGCCUCUGAUCACACGAGAUAAAAUAGCAAGUAGUCGGGAAAGUAAGCGUUUUUUGUGAGUGAAACUGAGCUAUUUUUAUGAUGUGUGUAUUUCGGAUUCGUUUGUAAGUUUUCAUCAUGUCACAUAUUCGCGCAUGCCAUCGAAAUGACAUGAAAAGACAGAGCUGAUUUAAUGAGUGAACGGGUCGGAGAAUCCCAUAAAAUACCAUUUUAAUGGCAUCUUUUUUUUCGUUCUUUUGGAAUGGUUUGCAUAUGAGUCGGAUGUAGCGUCUGGUCUGAGAAUAGAACUGAGAUCGAUGGUCGAUUGGGCAUACAAAAAUACAUUUCCAUUUUUCUCCUUCUUUCAGUCACACUUGUAGCCGUAAAAAAAUAAUCAGACAAACUGUCAACCACAUUUUUUGUUUCUCCUCUCAAUCACCCGAAUGAUUAAAGUGCAAUAGAAAUGAAGCAAACUGAGGAAUACAGCAACAUAUCAAUAAAAGAAAAAUUUAAGUGUCAAUAAAAGUAAAACGAACUAGAAUACGAUUUUAAACAUAAGUGAGACCAUAAAAUGCGAUUGGUUAGACUCCAUGAAAAAUUGUGUUGACGCCAGUGAAAAAAGCAAGAGAAAACAACGGUUUAAGGCGGGAAGAAUAUGGUGAAAAAGAGCGAGUAAAUAGAAACGUAAUCAAAUAGGCAAUAACAACGAUCAAAGAAAUUCAUAAAAUCCGCAGAUCUUUCGAAAACGUACAACACUUUGCCUCUAAUUGGAGUCAAUAAUAAUCACAGAGUUAAAACGAUCGAGAGAGAGAGAGAGAGAGAGAGAGAGAGAGAGAGAGAGAGAGAGAGAGAGAGAGAGAGAGAGAGAGAGUGAAAAAAACAACCUCUUUAAGAAUUGACACAUUGCACAGAAUAAUAAUAUAAUCAGAAUCACUUCGGAUCGAUUCAGUGGACACUCAUUUUUCGAACAAUUUUCGAACACAUACAAUCGCACAAAAAGCAACACACACCAAAAAUAAAAUGAAAAUAGACUCCAGUCCAAGAGUAAAUAAACACGAAAAAACAUUCACACAAACAUCAAAUAACGCACAUAAUAAUCAUUAAUUCUGUGCAUGCAGUUUGAGACACAGGCCAAUAACGUCAGCAGCAACAACGACGACGACGAAAACAGCCACACGAAAAGAGAUUCUGGUGCGCAAAAGUCAUCGUUGAUUUCACAUGCUAAAUAAACGCGGUCGCAAUCGAAAUUUAUUAUCUGGUACCGAGCGGGCGCACAAGUUGGCAUUUAUAUGCGCGACCGGCAAAACAAAAAAAUUUACAUCGAAACACUUAGUGAGUGCGAGAGACUUACGGCGUUUGAUACACACCACACCAAACCACAAACACCGAUUGAGACGUAAGUGUGUGGCAACAGAAGAAAUAUAAACUCAACUGGUGUGAAACUGAUCAUUAAUAAAAAUUAAGCAGUUAAUUUCUUGCCUGGUGGAUAUUAUGUAUGUAAAUUGCAUCUAUAAACAUCGUUAAGUGAAUUGCGAAUGAUUAAUAAAUCGGAACGCACUACACGAAAUCAAAUAUGAAUAGAGAAUGACGGAUGGUUUAUUGUACGUCGUUGUCGGUAGUGUUUGUUUUUAUUUUGUUCAUUUCGAUCUUUCUCAUUCUCUCGCGGUUUUUUCUUCGGUAUAUCGCAAACCGCAUCACGAAAAUUCGUUCACAUCACCAAAAGAUGUGCACAUAAAUUGGGCUCAUAUGGUGUGAAAUUGACUUUUUAGAAUCGCUCGCAUCGUUCAUCAUAAGCAUGUGUAUCAAGUGUUGUUGUUCGUGAAAUAUGCUGUUUUUUUCUACAGACCUGUCACUCAAGAACAUUGCAAGAUUUUCGUUAUUGAGUUCAAGUAGCGAAUGAACAACUUGAUCUGAAGAGUUGUUGCGAGUCAAAAAGUUCUGUUGAAGUGAAUCGUCUUCAAAAGUAGACACAGGAAAAGAAAGAAAUGACGUGGAUAAAUAAUCAAGACUCGAAAAUGGUUGUGCUCACAUUUCAAUUGCUCGUUGUGUUUUACGUAAUCAACGGUCAUUACGCGUAUAGAGACUACUUAUCGGAUGAUGCAAAUGAAUAUCGACAAGAAUCAAAUCCGAAUUCCAGUCAAUUUGGCUCGAAUGAAGCACCCGGUAAGCAACAACUUUCUUUUUCAUAUUUUCGAACAUUUUCCGAUUAAUCAAUAUUCCCAAGGAAAUUGAAUCAAACUGCUCGAAAUUGGUGGCCCAUUAGCUAAAUUGCUUUGAAAUAGUGUGAUGUUAAUCCUCGUCGUUGACAUGUGCCGUUAACAUUUUAUCAACGGUAUUCAUUUUAGAAUGAAAAUUCAAUUUCACCGCAUCGAUUUUGUGAAUGACGGUAAAUAAUAAACCACUUUCAAGUGACCAAUGGAUAAUAGUCUAUAACAUUGCUGCUGGAUAAGUUUCAGUUUUUGUGCAUCAAGCAAUAAGGGAAAAUCGGUUGUCCAUCAAAACAAAAAAAGAACAAUGAAACUUUCCGAUAGUUUUGAAAUGCAUAACACGAUGAUAGUCCAACUAUCUAAAUGGAUCGUAAAUUUUUAAUGUGCUUCCGUUCACCACAUACAAUCUAGCUAAGAAUAAAUGUAUCUUCGUUCUUUGUUUUAUCACCAUUUUUACGGUCAAAGAACGAACCAUUUCGAUAGUACGUAUUUGUUAAGGCGAACAAUUAAAGUGACUCAUUUAUUUUUGGGCACAUGUCUUCAAGUAAGCAAGAAUUGCGGUCACAAUGCACUAUUCUUGUAAUCGGCCGUAUCACUAUUGUUUUAUUGAAGAUACACCAAUUGUGGCGAAGGGUGAAUUGAAAUCGAUACAAUACCUGAAUGGAUCGACAUAAUCACCUCUAUUGAAACGACUAAAUUAUUACUUAUGCCACAGAUAUGAACCGUUUAUGCUGUUCUUUUUGCUGUGGGGGAGUGACGCGAUGCAAUAGAGAACACAACUGAAUAUUUCAAACAUGAAUCGAUUGCAGCAAUAUGAAUUUUAUUUUUAAACAAAUGAGUUCAAGUAGUUACUGAAGUUAGUCAAAUGAAUAUGGUGCGAUGACAACGGGUAUCUAUUUGACACUCAUUGUAUUGAAAGUGUGUCGGCGAUGAUAGCGUCAAGUAGAAUAUACCUACGACAUGUAUGCGAUUGAGGCGUAAAAAAUUCAAGAUGACCACAUGAAUUCGUAACAAAAGCAUAAUAGACCCGCGCAGAAUACAAUAACAAGCGAACGAUGAUAAUGGCAGAUGACACAGUUUCAUUUAAAAAUUUAAAAUGUAUUGAGAAUGAAUGCAUAUCAUCGAAAAUGCUCUCAUUUUCAAAAAAACUACUCUGUAUUUUCAAUUGAAGAUUGUCGUCCAGUUUGAUCGCAAAUAUUCACGUUAGUCGACUCUAAUGUGCGUAGCGCAUUGUAUUGUAAAUUAUUGAUGACGUGCAUCCCAGUCGAAGACUACAGCUAUAGGCGAACGAAGCGAAAAUGCCCUCAUAUCCUCAAUUAUGUUCAAUAAAAGUUGUCUGGCCAUUGUUUCAGUAUCACUAAGUAGUGGUAUUUACUAAAUGACAACCAUACGGAAUUGCUCGAACGGAUUAGUUCGAGGAGCAAAAUAUGAAUUAAUAAAAGACAGUAGAAUUAUUUCUGAGGGGCUCUUGACGAAUGCAAGCAAAUUGCUUCCUACGAAUGAAAAUUGUAGUGUUAGAGUCCAUCGUUUGAUUUCAAUUGAAUCAAUUAACGAAUUUCAUGCGACUGAGUCAGUUUCUAGCACAAUCAAAAUUACAGAAGCUGAGAAAAAAACUCUCAGCUGCAAAACAACAUGAAAGAAUGUGUGUUCUCGAAGCACUUCAAUUUCAUUGCUGUUCGCUUUUUUGCGGUAAGCAUUUCCGAGCCUAUGAUCUCAUAGAAUUAAAUCGUUUGCUUUAAAAUGCAUUUCCGUCCUUUCAGCCGUUCUGUCGAGAAUUUCAAUGUGCUACUCUUCCGAUUCAAAGUGUUAAGCUAAGUCUUAACACUUGCCUCAUUCCAUGAGACGCAAAAUAAACAUUAAACGAUUUUUCAACUCGGCACGAUGUCGAUGGAAUUCAAUCGUAAAUCCGUCGAAUGGAAGGAGAAAAAGUCAAAAAUAUAAAUGAGCAAAUGUCAAAUUAAUGCCACUUAAUAAUAUUCAUCACGUAGCAGCGGUCGUCAGUUUUAGUCGUUUACCACAUCAUUGAAUAUUAUUUAAACAAAUUUAUGCAUUUGGAGACCAAAUAAAAGAAUAGACUGAGUCAAACGAAAAAAAAGAAAAGACCAAGAAAAGAAAUAUAAAAUGCUUUGUGCAUUCACUUGAAAAAAAAAUCUACAACGCACACGAAACUAAAAAAAAAAAACAAAAUUAUUAUUGUCGAAUCGGUCGUUUUAAUAAACACAACACGAACGCAUGGAGAAAGAGAGAAAAAAUCCAGUUGAGAUAUUAAGACCACUGAUGAAGACAAAACAAACUGAGAGAUAGAAAGAGAAUGACGAAUACACACAAACCGAUUGAGCGGAGAGGGAGGACACACUCUCAACGGAAUAAUAAGAGAAUCACGCACAAUCGAUGGAUUGUAUGUUUGAUUGUUAUCAGCGCAAGCAGUUUGUGAACAUGAAAAUGAUGCCAAGUAAUUUGACUCGAAUAAAAUGAAAAAUGAUCGAAGACAAAGUGGCAAAGGCUAUCUCUCGCAUACACACAUACACACGAGCUCACACAAUUGCAACAGCCUGAAUAUUGUGAUGUCGUUGUCGUUUCUUGCGAUUUGUCGUUAAAUUUAUAGUAAAAAUUUAUUGUAUAACUGUUUCUAAAUCAUUCAGUCAGUGUUGAAACCAGCCAAAUGACCUGUGUGCAAGCGGGAGGUGUUGGACAAGUAACGUUUCAAGUAUCAUAUUUCAUCCGUACAUAUGCAAAAGAGCGCGCGAUAUGUGUUUUGUUUGUAUGUUUCCUUUGUGAACGAUGAAAUUUGAUGUGAAUUUCCUGCACUCAACAACAUCAUCAACAUCGAAUGGAUAAUUUAUUUAUACAUUUUCAAUCAACAUUGGACUGAUCGGUUAUUGAUCUUUCGACGAAAUAUUUGGCGACGGUGAGAAUAUCAUUUUUGUUGGACUUGAUUAUAGUCAAAACGACAAUGGUCACUCGUCGAGAAUCUAAACGUGUUGGAAACUUCGUAUACCUGCAUUCAACUAAAUGUGGGCCUCAUUUUUGUGACCGGAACUGGUGUAAAAUCGAGUUUUUUUUUGCCAAAAAAAUGCAAUUGUUUUUUGCUAAUGCGUUUUGUCAAAAACGUCAUACACUCUAGUUACGUACGAUUUUUUGUACUUUCUCUUUUUCUUACACACAUUUCGUUGCGCCACAAAAUACCAAAUUUUCCUCGCUAAAAGCAUUCUCAAAAAUGGGUUUCAAAUCAGAAACGCUGAGUAAAUUUGCGCCAUAAAGAAAUUAUGCGUCGCAUUAAUUGAUAUUUGCCUUUGAAGUUGCGCACUCUAAUGUAUAAUUAUUGCCUUGAAUCUGGUCGCUUUGAAGUUGUUGCCAACUCUUGUUCUCUGUGUAUAUUUUUCUCUCUAUCUAUUGUAUAUUUGGUGGCGAAUGGAAAAAUAAACUCGUUUUAUAUUUUGUUGCGCUGGACGCAAUCGUAAACGAAAGAAAAAAAAACCGUCGUUUUGCUUGUCAUUAUUUGACAAGCUGUUGAUCAAAGACGGUGGAAAAACAAACAAUAAUUAUUUGUUGUAUUUUGAUCCUGUUGUCAUCAGCUGUGACAGUGUUUGUUUGAAAUGACUUCACUAAUUUGAUUCUUUAGAAGCCCGAGAAUCGUUUGAUUUGUAUCUAUUUGUAGGUUGGUGCGAUGCGUCUGCUGUUUACUCUAUAGCGAUCGUUUUUUGUCUGCUUCGAAGAUAAAAAAUAAAUAGUAAACUAAUCUUCAAAUAUUUGAACAACGCGCAAUACACGGUGACAGAUGCCAGAGCAUGUCGUGUACAUAUCCGAUCCGUCGGGUGCAAAUGAUACAUUAUCCAGAUUUGUUCAGCUGUUGCAAGAUCUCAUUUGGAUCGUGUCGUUCGUCUUGCGAAAACUUAUCUCUGGUGCAAUUGGCAACGACGAGCAUCAAUGGAAAAGAUGCUGGAUUAACAGAAUUGCGUCACAAUUGUCCAUCGGUACAAACAGACUUUUGGCAAUGCAUGAACCGCACUUUGCAUGCCGUACAUCGGGGUUCGGCGUGGUCGGGGCGCAUGUGUUGCCAGCAUGCCAUAACAGUUACAUGUCAAAAUACAUGCGCUAUAUCAAUGAGCAGUCAAGACACAGUGUGUCGUCGAAGUGAUGAACAAACAUUAUUUGAUUGUUUCGAACGUCAAGAGCAGGGCGAUAACUGUUGCGGCAAUGCAAGAUCUUCGGAAUGUCUGCAAGCAUGUCGCGACAUAUUCCAGAGUCAGAAAACGGCUACAAAAGAGCAACGACGAUUGGUAGAGCAUGCUUGCAACGAUAACAAUACCAAUUUGAAGGUGCUGAACUGUGUAAGGGAAAUUAUGGAUGUGACACCAGUUGAAAACCCACGACAAUAUAUACCUUGUUGUGGUCAUUCCCGUUCACCGAUCUGUCGAGAGACGUGCAAAAAUAUUCUGGAGAUUGGUGAAACAAUGCAGGAGAUCAUUGAUACAUUAUCAAAAGGAGGUUGUGGGCCUCCAUUGCCACACGAACCACUAUGGCAGUGUUUUCUUUCGGGUAACCAUCAUCCAUCGCAUUCAUCUUUACCCGAUGGAACGAUGAUCUCUCAAAUAAAUCAAAUCGGCAUCGAUUCGGCGAAGUUGCAUUGCUGUCACAAAGCGUUGUCACCAAAGUGCCGCCGUCUUUGUUCGCAAACAUUUUCAAACGAUUGGACGGAGACACGCAGCGAUUUCGAAAAUGAUUGCUAUUCGGAAUUGAAUGAAAUUUCGUUGAGGCAAUGUUUGGAUGAAGUUGAUGAACCCUGUGAAUUGGGCUGUGACGCUCUCUCAUUUUGCACAAAUUUCAACAAUCGUCCAACGGAGCUCUUCAGAAGCUGCAAUUCCAAUGCUGAUUAUGCUGCUCAAGCUGAUAUGGUACUUUGGAGAGAUAACCAAGCACUCACAUUGCCUGGAUUAAUUCUACCCAUAAAAGACAUAGAUAAAUGCGAACCAGGAGUUUGGCAAGCAAUUGCAUGCAUUUUACAAAUCAAACCAUGUUCACGCACCAAACAUACCACUCAAAUUUGUCGCGAAGAUUGUUAUGAUUUGCUAGACAAAUGCAUAGACUGGACACGAAUGGAAACAAGACACACGCCCGAGUCAGUUUGUUCAAAAUUUUCCGUUGAUUCUGAUAACACAUCGUCACCAUGUAUCUCACUCAAACCGUACCUGGAACCGAGUGAUGUGCCACAAAGUAGUUGGCCGGCAGCAAAUCAUCAAAUCAUCUCACCUUGUCGCGGACAUACAUGCAAUGCAACCGAAGUGUGUGUACCGGAUAACAAGCGUGAUCAUCACAGUGUUACGGUAUCAACGACAUUUCGUUGUGUUCCUGGUUGUCCACUGGGUGAAACAUCAUCGUAUCUAGUCCCAAUCGGAGCAUAUGCUCGUAUUCCGGUAUCGAUGAAGCAGAAAGGAUGUUUCAAAGUGUGUCGUUGCAUGGCUAACGGCCGAUUGGACGAUUGUCAACCAAUACCAUGCAUGACUUAUGAUUCGUGUAAAUUGGGCGAUAGGCAAAUCGAACAUGGCACUUGGUUUCAUGUGGAGUGUAAUAUUUGCAGUUGCUUUGCCGGUGAUAUAACAUGCACAAAGAAACAGUGUCGAAUGCCAGGCAUUCCCGAGCAUUCGAACCACUAUACAAGCUUACCGUGUAACUGCGCUCCUCAUCAUGUGCCCGUUUGCGGUCGAAACGGGUAUACAUAUCCAUCGGAAUGUGUAUCGAAAUGCUCCGGUCUUCAAGUGGCCGAUAUUGAGUUUCGGUCAUGUCGCGAUAACAAUCCGUGUCGCGAUGCCAAGUGUCCCGGCUAUUCGCAAUGCGUUGAAAAUAGACAAGUUUGCUUAUCAGUUAUGCAAAGACCAUGUCGACAGUACCAAUGCAUCAACACAACAUCAAACUGUCGUGCUGGAGAUAAACCUGUCUGCAGUGUGGAAGGUCAAACAUACGCAUCAAUGUGUCACAUGGUGAAAGCAAAGGCAACACUUGCGUAUACGGGCAGAUGUAUCGAUAGUUGUCGCAAAACUCGUGUUUGUGGAAUAAACGGCAUUAGUUAUAGAAGUGAAUGCGAAGCGUGGAGCGAUUACUCUAUUGCGGACUAUGAUGGUGAAUGUCGUGAAAUUGGUCUAUUGACAAAUACAUUGGGCCCACGUUGUGCUUCGGUCAAAUGCAAUUUUAAUAUGAAAUGCGCUGAGGGUGCUAUUAUUCCACCUGGUGCCUGUUGCCCUGUUUGUGGUGGAGCCGUUCGGAUUAUCUAUUCUCGGAAGCAAAUCGAUCGAGUAUUAUUCACUCUGAAAGGCAAAAAUACCGAUUUACUCACAUUGAAUGGCAUCUUACGUGCACUGGAUAAUCUGAUUCAAGUGGCUCAUUGUCGAGUCAGCGGCUACCUAACGAUCGAAGCUGAUAUUUUCAUAAUUGUUCACACCAUCGGACCCAAUUUAUCUCAAUUACAACAUGAAGCCUGUGUUCGCGAAGCAGAAAAAAUAGCCACAUUGAUCGAUACUCAGAGCCACCGGAUCACAAGCGACCUUGCGCUGAGUGCAUUGACGGUGGCCAAUGUUGUACGACCACAAGAUAUAGAUCUACAAAUUAGUUCAUCUAGCACAUGUCAUUCAUACUUAACUGUUUUAACGAUAGCUCUAUCGAUAGUGUUUCAAAGAAUUUACUCUUUUUAGUAUAUUUUACCCAUAAAUUUCAUCGAUUCAAAUGAUUAGCCGAAGUCAAUUAGUAAAUGUUCGUACCAAAAUGUGCCAAAAAAAAUGCAAAAAUAUCGUAUAAGACGUUUAGUUGUUAGAAACCAGAGUACGUGAAUUCAAAGUGUCAAUAAUAUCAAGUAGUUUUCUUUUCGGUCAUAUCGCUUGAAUAUUUGAAUGAAAAUAUAGCGAGAUCUACAGAAAUUAAACAUUAGACAUUUCAAUUGAGUAUAAGUUCUAUAUGGCAUAACUUAAUCGAUAGCAAAUAAUUCUCUUCGGACUGUUUAUAGCUAGUUCGUACAUUAAGCAAGUAGUAAUGUUGUCAGUGUACAGUACCUGUGAUAAAAUUAAGUUAUAUUACACAUCAUCGAAUUAGACAAUUAGCAACAUUUCUUCAUUGAGUGUUGAAAUUUAGCCCAAAGAAUAGUGCGUGCUUUAUCUUUUCACAAAAAAAAACCUAUAUAUAAAACCUCUUGAGGAAUCAAUAAACAAUUCAAUCAUUUAUUUUAGUCAAUUCAAA